GGGACACCGCAAAAGGAUGUUAUAAUAAAACCCGAUGCCCCAAGCACAUUACUUUCAGAAAAACAUGCGGACUAUAUAGCUUCAUAUGGAACAAAGAAAGAUGAUUAUGAAUACUGUAUGUCGGAGUAUUUGAGGAUGAGUGGUGUGUACUGGGGACUGACAGCAAUGGAUCUCAUGGGGCAGCUGCACCGAAUGAACAAAGAAGAAAUUCUGUCAUUCAUCAAAUCAUGUCAACAUGAGUGUGGUGGAAUAAGUGCCAGCAUAGGUCAUGAUCCUCAUCUUCUGUAUACCCUCAGUGCUGUCCAGAUUCUUAUUUUAUAUGAUAGUCUCCAUGUAGUUGAUGUAAAUAAAAUUGUUGAAUAUAUACAGAGCUUGCAGAAAGAAGAUGGAUCGUUUGCUGGAGAUGAAUGGGGAGAAAUAGAUACAAGGUUCUCUUUCUGUGCUGCAGCAACUCUUGCACUUCUGGGAAAGCUGGAUGCUAUUGAUGUGGGAAAAGCAGUUGAGUUCGUUUUGUCCUGUAUGAACUUUGAUGGAGGAUUUGGUUGUAGACCAGGUUCCGAAUCACAUGCAGGACAGAUCUAUUGUUGCACAGGAUUUCUGGCUAUAACAGACCAGUUGCAUCAAGUAAAUGUUGACUUGCUCGGUUGGUGGCUUUGUGAACGUCAGUUACCUUCUGGAGGUCUCAACGGACGACCAGAGAAGUUACCUGAUGUAUGUUAUUCGUGGUGGGUGCUAGCUUCUUUGAAGAUGAUUGGUAGGAUACAGUGGAUUGACAGAGAGAAACUGCGCUGCUUUAUUUUGGCGUGCCAGGAUGAGGAGUCUGGAGGAUUUGCUGACAGACCAGGAGAUAUGGUGGAUCCAUUUCACACCUUAUUUGGUAUUGCUGGACUAUCUUUAUUAGGAGAAGAACAAAUUAAGGCUGUCAAUCCUGUCUUUUGUAUGCCAGAAGAUGUCCUUCGAAGAAUAAAUGUACAGCCUGAGCUUGUAAGCUAAGCCUUGUAAAAGACAAAAGCUUUGUACGACCAAUUGCUUUUUGGUUUUACUGAUCUAUAAUCUCAUCUGUGAAACUGUCAGCAUAUUCUUCUUUCAGAUGUGUUUACAUUAUGGAAGUAAAGCAAUAGCUUUGCUGUGGACUUUGUCACUUUUUAAAUUGUUUCAGAACAGGCUGGUUGUCCUAAUCUGAGUGUAACAUGUUAUUUUGUUGUAUUCUAAGAUGUGUAGAAACAUUUCAAUUCUGUAUCUAAAUGUAUGGGCCUUGUCUUUUUUUUUUUUAAUAUAAUUCUCAAAUCAGAGCUUGACUGUGUGAAUGCUUAACUUUUCUAUUCCUGUAAUAUCAACCAUGCUAGCACUUAUCUUCAUACAGGCCUCUUUUGAUGGUGGAUCAUGCAAAGUACUUUAAAAAAACAAAACAAAACAACCAAACAAACAAACAAAAAAAGCCACCAAAAAACAAAACAGAACAAACCCAAAAAAACCCCAACAAACCACUAAAAUGCUAUCUGAUGCCUGCACUUAAUACCACACUUACAUAUUUAAUUAUUCCUGUUCACUUUUCUAUACUGAGAAACAGCUGCUGCUUCUCACAGUAAUUGAUACCAGUAAUACCAUAAUUAUGGUUCUUUUAAAGAUACAAAUGCCUUCAUUUAUUGAUGAGUCCCUUAGACAAAAUUCCACUGAUACUUGAGAUACAGCACACCUUGAGUAUGUAGAGUGAAACUUGCUAACAUUCAACAUUCUAGAGAAGGUCCUGUUGGAUGGUGACUUGUAAUCGAACAUAGAGUUGAUGCUAAAUGUCUUGCUGGGUUGAAAUCAUGAUUUUGUAGCUUUUAAGACACUAAUUGUCAACACUUGUUUUUGUUGUAGUUGGAAAUAAAAUUAGCUGUGGAAAAUA